AUGGCCUUGGUUUAUCGACCAGUGGCGCAAUUAAGUGGCAUGUUAUUAUCUCUGUUGGGAUGGGUCCUAUCCUGUCUCACUACCUAUUUACCUCAGUGGAAAAAUCUUAACUUGGAACUGAACGAACUGGAGAUCUGGACCAUGGGACUCUGGCAAGCUUGUGUUGUUCAGGAAGAAGGGGGAAUGCAAUGCAAGGACUUUGAUUCUUUCUUAGCUUUGCCUCCAGAACUCAGGAUUUCUAGGAUUUUGAUGUUUUUUUCCAAUGGACUGGGGCUUUUGGGCCUCCUGUUCUCAGGAUUUGGGUUGGACUGUUUGAAAAUUGGUGAAAGACAACAGGAUCACAAGAAACGGCUGUUGCUGUUUGGAGGAAUGCUCUUCUGGAUGUCGGGGAUUACAGCUAUUGUCCCGGUUUCUUGGGUUGCCCACUCCACAGUCCAGGAAUUUUGGGAUGAGAAUAUACCAGACAUUGUUCCCAGGUGGGAUUUGGGGGAAGCGUUAUUUGUUGGCUGGCUCGCUGGAUUUUGUCUUAUACUAGGAGGAUCCCUACUUAAUUGCACAACCUGCUCAACUGAACUCCAUCCAUCUUCGGUCCAUUACGCAGUAACAGAACAGCAAGAUCAGUGUCAACACUUGGAAACUGAAACUAGGCCUUAAAACCAAAGGUUUUAAGUAGGACAGAAAGACUGCCCUAUCUUUUCCAAACUCCAGUGCAAGCCAGCAGCUUGUUCCACUAGUAAUUCAAAGGAUUCUUUGUUACUUAGCUGAUUUCCUAAACUUAUGUUUUCUCCAUAACUGGUACCUGAAAAAUGGUGUAUUUUCUCACCUGCAGAACUAUUUAAAAUGUUUCACAGGAGAAUUUUAUUUUUCAUAGACUAUGUAGAAAAGGUGUUUUUGUUUUCUCAACUGCACAGUAAAAUUCUGAAAAUGAAUAUGCAUGUUCCAUGGCAUUUUGGCUUUUAACCAAAAUAAGCUUCCUUUUUGUAUGAAACCAAUUAACUGAGCCUCAAAGCUUGAUUCCCUGUUGCAAUUUUCCACUUUCCUAAUGCAGUGACAUAGGAACUUUUUUCCACGUCCUUAAUGCAUGCACUGCCUCAGAUUGUUUUUUGUGGACAAGCAAACUGUGCUAAGCACCCUGCAGAUUUCUGAAAUGCUACCAUGAUUUGCAGAUGUCUUUUUGUGCAUGGGAUAUUAUGAUGUGGUGCUUUGUACCCAAGAAGUUGUACUUUGCGAUCUCAACCUAGCACAUAAAACUGCUCAUGCAAGUUAUUCUGAGCAUUUUGGCAUCUGCAAACUUGCACCAAAAAUGGGCUGAGAGACAAAAAAUACUUAUUCUAUCUUGUUCUGAUGCAGGUACUGAGGUUUUAUGCAUCCUAUCAAAGGCUUCUUAGGCUCCAUUCACCUAUAGCAACACAUUCUCAACACAGAACCUUUUGGUAGAUAAUACUUAACUGGCCACAAUAAGGACAGUCUAUUUAAGUAGGAAUGCAUUGAUGUGAUAUUAAAGUACUCUGUAUUUGUGGUUCUUAUUCUAGUAGGAAACUAAGAGAUGCCAAAAUUCGCAGAAAUGUUUCAGUGCUCUAGCAGACAGAUGAAAAGCAAAGUAUAUAACUAAAAACCAAAUAUUAACCAACUCAACUAAUGAAAGGUGAGCCCAGCUGUGGUCACACCCUUCAAUUAGUGGUUUACCACGCUAUUUCCUUAUCCCCUAAAUGCUGCACAUGGAACCAGGUAACAUUAAGCUGGAGGGGGAGGAGUAUUUCAUGCUUUAUAAAGCUUUGUUUUAACAUCUGCCAGUGUUCAGUAUGUGCAGAGUAUUGUCUUCAAAAACAAUCAGUUCAGUGCUACUUUGACUGAUAAAAAUGGACUUGGUCCACAGACACAGGCUGCAGUUACUUGGAUUGCUGCUGUCUGUAAUAGGAUGGAUUUUAACUGGUACCUGUAACUAUUUACCAGACUGGAAAAACCUCGGCUUAGACUUAAAUGAACUGGAGCUUUGGACUAUGGGACUCUGGCAAACCUGUGUAGUCCAAGAUGUAGGAGGAACACAGUGUAAAGACUUUGAUUCUUUCCUAGCUUUGCCCAUAGAAUUCAGGAUUUCCAGGAUUUUAGUAUCUACGUCAAACGGACUAGGACUUCUGAGCCUCGUCAUCUCUAGCCUUGGUUUGGACUGCCUAAAGACAGAGAAUACAGAGCAGAAGCUAAAGAAACAGCUGUUACUACUUGGAGGAAUACUCAUGUGGAUAUCUGGAGUUCUGGUCUUAGUUCCUGUUUCCUGGGUUGCCUAUACGAUAAUCCAGGAAUUUUGGGAUGAAGUGAUCCCAGAGAUCGUGCCCAGAUGGGAAAUAGGGGAUGCACUGUUCAGUGGUUGGUUUGGUGGUUUUUUUAUAAUUCUAGGAGGCUCUCUACUCCUCUUGACAAUGUUCUUCUCAUCUGACCAUCAAUUACCAGAACAGUAUACAAUGGCAGAUAUGCAAGACAACCGUCAACAGGUGGAGGUUGGAAACAGAAGACUUUAAAAAGGGUACAUACUAGAUUUUUGGUUUUCUUACUCUUGCAUUACAGUAAGAAAAUGCUGAUGAACAGACUGGCUAUGUUUACAAGACUGGGGGAGGGAUUAUUACAGUAUGGUUCCUUUCAUUUCUACUUACUUUCAAUUUUAAUUAGAUUGUUAUAGCUCAUCAAUUAAUAUAAGUCACCAUUGUUUUUCUUCAAAA